AUGCAGAGGGCCACGGCGAUGGAAAUGGCAGACGAUUCAGAUCUAAGCUCUUCGAAGGAGCACCUCGUGUCGCAUGCGCACACGAGACCAGAUGACCAUCCAGAAUCGGUGUUGCUUUGGGACCCCCCUCCUCCCGAGGCGAAUGCGCCGCCACGACAGCACUCGUCCCUUGUGGCAAGGCUCUUGCGGGACAAAGGGAAAGAACGAGAGCGGAGGGCGCCAGAAGCCAUUCUGCCGCUCCAUUUCCUAGACCUGCCAGUAGACAUACUAAGGCUGGUUGUCAAGGAGAUCACGCAGACCAAUGACCUGACUGCGCUUGCACGGACUUGCUCGACGCUGUACAACCUCUCGAUCCCCCACAUCUACGCGCGCUUCGACAUCGUGUGGCCUGAUAUCAACAUUGCAGCUUCUGACUCCAAGGGUGUCGAUGCUCUCACGUAUGGCCUGUCCACUCUGUGCUUAGGGAGCAAGUUUGCACAGCGAACGAGGUGGUUGAGAGGUGGUCCUGCCCAAGGUGGCAGCGGCUCGAAUCGCUUCAUCGAUAAUCAGUAUGCAAAACAUACCCGCAAAUUCGGCCUGGGGAACGGCCCUGCAAGCUGGAUAUCCGAGUACAAUAUCACCAAGGAGAGUGGGAAAAUGCUGGGCACCCUGGUAGCCUUGGCUGUGGCCAAAAUGGUCAACUUAGAAACCUUCGUUUGGGAUAUGCCCACCGGUGUCCUCUCCGAUGUGUUCAUGGCCCUGGCGUCCCUUCAAGAUCAUUAUCCUGACGGCCGGCCCAAGUUGGACAAGGUUCACAUACGAUGGCAUGAGAAUUGGGAAGCAAAUGUUACGGCAACAUCAUUGUCGAGCCCGGUGGUGCCGCCCACUGUACCUGUAUCCGCCGUGCCCAUUCAGAACAUACAGCCUCUUCUCUUGCCAUUUGUAACUCAUACGUCUUCGCCUUCGCCUCCGAAAUACUCGGACAGCCAGGUUGAGUAUCCUACCUUUAGCGUGUUACCGCCACUGAAGAGUCUCUCUGUUCUUGACAUUGAUGAGCUGGCUUACCUGGACGAGAUUUCUAUACUGGUGGAGCGGUCUAAAGAUACGCUACAGGAGCUGAGAUUGGGAGUCUCUCAGAAGGCUAUGACCCAGGACUUUGUCAGUACUUGGGAGGGAACCAACUUACAGCAGAUAGAUUUUGAUGCUCGGUGGCCAGGUGAGAGCACGAUCGGGGACAAACGACUGGGCGGUGUUUUGGGUGUUGUAGUCGGCAGGAUCUAUGAGAUCCGUCAAAAGGCACACUCAAAACCAAGACGAUACUCAGCAGAUUCUAUAAGGCCUAUCACAGAGACUGCACCCAUACCCGGAGCCGCAGGGUCGUCCAAGGCCUGGAUGGUUUCGGAAGACCAGCACCAGGCAGCAAGUGGCUCCCUGGAUUCGCAAGAGCCAUCCUCAAUGUCAGGGGCGUUUAAGGCCCCCCAGAGUAAUAACGACGGCAUUGAUUCAGUUGAUGGGAAGAGACGCCUUGUCGGAAAAUUGAAACUUCAGACUCUAGAGCUUGAGAGAAUCACGCUCUCCAUGCAGGUCUGUUGCAAGGCAUUCGACUGGUCCGUACUGACAAACUUGACGAUACUCAACUGUAACCAACACGAAACCCUGUGGAAAGUCCUCAAGAGACGGUUUCAACCCACGGUUCCUCCUCACGGCUCAGCACCAGGAACACCAUCGCAAUAUCACCUCGCAUUGAAGAGGAUACAUUCCGACGUCACAUCACACGCCCUAAUAAGUUUCAUCAAGGAAACACUUGGGCCCAAUACUCUAGAAAGUCUGUUCCUACAAGACCGUCGGCGCAGUGCGCCGCCUCCCGUGAGCAUAGAUACCAUAUUCAAGGUGGCAGUGAAGCGACAUCGUUCGAGUUUGAAAAAGCUUUUGAUCGACAGCAACGAUAAGUUGGGACGGGAGUCUCGGUCAGAGGGAGGUCGGUGGAAGCACUGGGUCCUCAAGAGCGAUAUGGUAUGCUACAUUACGAGUGGGCGUCUGCCGAGUCUGAAAGAGCUUGCCGUGAAUAUUCACUACAAGGAUUGGCACUCAUUCCUCCAAAGGCUUCCAAACGUACCGGAGCUCCGGUCGCUCUACUUUCCACAUAUACAAGAACACAUCGGAGGGACAUAUGAGCCGAAAGAGCUGGCGUUACAGCUUGUUGACAUCAUCACUUUGCGACCGGAAGUCAAGCUUUGCUACAUAGGGAUCAGGAACAAGUGUUUCGAGGUUCUCGAGUGUCCUGCGAGAAGCGGAGCAGCAGAUCAGCUCGGCUCCAAUGGGUUCGCCCACCACCAUCAUACAGGGGGUGCUAUUUCGGUCAUGGACGACGAGGAUAACGAGGAUGGGUCAAACAACAACAGCGAGGCGGACGAAACAGAGGACGACGAUGAUGAUGCGGGUACGACGGCCAGCACACCCACGGAUGUUGACGACGACCUCACCGAGGUAUCCGACGAUGUCGAGUCAGAUGCUGACAACUUCGAGGAGCCGGAAAACCACCAAUCAGGAUCCCGACUCCGCCUGCGAGAGAUUCUGUUUUACGAUGACAAGGUGGCCAUCUUCAAGGCAAGGCACGCCCGUCUAUGA